UCCUCGCCAAUCACCUGCCAUUCUACUUAUUGCUCUCGUUCUCAGAGUACUAUGUGCAAGUACUGCAGUGUAAACAACAUUGUGUCCUAGACGAUUCGGUAAGGCUGGGGCCAGAGCAUCCAGCACAGGAUGUCAUUGUGUCACAGCUUUCCUUGCUCGAAGAGGCGUAUACCAAACUUGGGGACCUGGAGUCUGCGGCUCUUGCUGCCCACUUGCUGCAACUCUUCCACCAGUUGAGCAAAACAGAGGAACCACAGGGGAACAUAGAGGAACCGCAGGGGAACACAGAGGAACCACAGGGGAACACAGAGGAACCGCAGAAGUUUGUUGGAAAACUGCAGAAGAAUAUCGCCUCAUACAUCCGACGGGCCCUGGCAGAGAAGAAGCUACUUUAUUAUUCCAUGGAGAAUCUGGGCAUCUCAUUUCAUGAUCCGGAUUCCUGGACUCCUGAUGAGAUAAUUCCUGAGAGUAUUAAAGAGCGAGUCCGGAUGGAGAGAGAGGCAAGAGCACAGAGCAGGGGUGAUUUGCCCUAUGACGGGGUGUCUGUAACAAUGACCCCGGCACAGAUGAAUGGAACACGGAGAGUCGCUCUGGAUGGGGUGAUUAGUGAGGAAGAUUGUCAGGGGCUUCUCAUUAUGGCGCAGAUGGCCGAAGGAUCUGGGUUCAAGGCAAGACGUUCAUCUCACACUCCCCACGAGAGGAUGCAGAGCCUGAGUGUACUGCAGUCACUAAAGUUGGCUGCUUUAGGAGCAGUGGAUCCAUCACACGCACAGCUGUAUUAUCACGCCAGUGAGAGAUCACGUGUUCUGGCGCAGUCUUACUUUGGCACGCCGAGGCUGCACUUCUCAUAUGCACAACUUGUGUGUCGUUCAGCUAUUGAAGGUACAAGCAUUAUCAUUUGUGUAGUUAAACAAUUUUUUUUUAUUGCACACCUGUGUGUUGGUAUGUGUGAGUGAAUGUGUGCGUGUCUA